CCCCAGGCUUGGUCAGAGCUGUCCCUGAGGACAUGGGUGCCACUUGUGCUCUUUGAGGGAAGACCCUAGAGCCCAAGGAGAGUCCAGAGCAAGCCCAGCCACCUCCCCGCCAUGGAUACUAGAAACGUGCCCCUCCAGGCUGAGAUGGUGGAACUGGUGCCCAAUGGGAAGCAUGUGGCUGCACUCACCGCCUCUGCUGUCCCCUCUCUGACAGGUGACAGGUUUGAGGAGAACCAGUCUGGUAUGGCAGAGAUGGAGGAGUUCCUGCCCCAAGGUGCUGAGAAGAAGCAGACGCACUUCACUGACUUUGAAGGGAAGACGUCUUUUGGGAUGUCUGUCUUCAACCUGAGCAACGCCAUCAUGGGCAGUGGAAUCCUGGGACUGGCCUAUGCCAUGGCAAACACUGGCAUCAUCCUCUUCCUCUUCCUCCUGACAGCGGUGGCUCUGCUUUCCAGCUACUCCAUCCACUUGCUGCUCAAGUCCUCUGGCAUUGUGGGCAUCCGUGCCUACGAGCAGUUGGGCUACCGAGCCUUCGGCACACCGGGGAAGCUGGCUGCAGCCAUUGCCAUCACACUGCAGAACAUUGGAGCCAUGUCCAGCUACCUGUACAUUGUCAAAUCUGAAGUGCCUCUCGUCAUCCAGACCUUCCUCAACCUGGAGGAGAAGACCACGGACUGGUACAUGAAUGGGAACUACCUGGUGAUCCUGGUUUCUGUCACCAUUAUCCUGCCCCUGGCCCUCAUGAAGCAGCUGGGCUACCUAGGUUAUGCCAGCGGCUUCUCCCUCAGCUGUAUGGGCUUCUUCCUCAUCUCGGUCAUCUACAAGAAGUUCCAAAUCCCUUGCCCGCUUCCAGACCAGGAUGGGAAUUUCACAGGUAGCCUUAACAACACCCUCCUCAGCACUAGUGACUACCAGAAUGGCUACACUGUCCUCCAGACACCUGAGCAAGACACCUGCAGCCCUAGUUUCUUCACCCUGAAUUCCCAGACGGCGUACACCAUCCCCAUCAUGGCCUUUGCCUUUGUCUGUCACCCUGAGGUUCUGCCCAUCUACACUGAGCUUAAGGACCCCUCAAAGAAGAAGAUGCAGUGCAUCUCCAAUAUCUCCAUCAUGGUCAUGUACCUCAUGUACUUCUUGGCUGCCCUCUUUGGCUACCUUACAUUCUAUGGUCGGGUGGAAUCAGAGCUGCUGCACACAUACAACAAGGUGGACCCCUUCGACGUGCUCAUCCUGUGUGUGCGGGUGGCCGUGCUGACAGCUGUCACUCUCACUGUCCCCAUCGUCCUCUUUCCGGUGCGCCGGGCAAUCCAGCAAAUGCUGUUUCAAGGGAAGGACUUCAGCUGGAUCCGCCACAUCACCAUUGCCGUGGUCCUGCUGACCUUCAUCAACCUUUUGGUCAUCUUUGCCCCCUCCAUCCUCGGCAUCUUUGGCUUGAUCGGUGCCACCUCUGCUCCCUGCCUCAUCUUUAUCUUCCCGGCCAUCUUCUACAUCCGCAUUAUGCCCAAGGAUAAGGAGCCCUUGCGUUCCACUCCCAAAAUCCUGGCUGCCUGUUUUGCCCUCCUCGGGGUGCUCUUCAUGAUCAUGAGCUUGAGCUUCAUCAUCAUCGACUGGGCCACAGGUGGGGGGAAGAGUGGUGGUGGCCACUAG